AUGGUCACCCCGCAGAACUGCAAUUUCAAGGGCUGCGGCGCCUUCACGGGCGAGAUGGCCGUGGAGCAGAUGAAGGACAUGGGCCUCAAGUGCGUGCUGAUGGGCCACUCGGAGCGCCGCGGUGAGUUUGGCAUCUUCCCGAUGGACGACAACUCCACCCUGGCGACGAAGCUCAAGUAUGCGCUCGACGCAGGCCUGCAGGUGGUGUUCUGCAUUGGCGAGCCGCUGUCCAUCCGGGAGAAGGGCCUGGACGCCGUCGUCGCCGAGAUGGACGUGCAGCUCACGCAGAUCUACGGCCUUCUCGACGCCGCGAAGGUGGUGAUCGCCUACGAGCCCGUCUGGGCCAUCGGCACCGGCGUCACCGCCAGCCCCCAGGAUGCGCAGGACACGCACGCCGGCAUCCGCAAGCUGAUCGCCGAGAAGGCGUCCCCAGAGGUCGCCGAGGGCAUCCGCAUCCAGUAUGGCGGCUCCGCGAACGCCAAGAACGCCCCGGAGCUCUCGGCGAUGCCGGACAUCGACGGCUUCCUGGUCGGCGGCGCCUCGCUCAAGCCCGAGUUCAAGGAGAUCGUGGCCGCGAUCAGCAAGGCCAAGGCCGCCUGA